AUCUCUUGUUGCUGUGUUCAUUGAGUCGUUGCCCAAGGGAGUACGAGGAAAAAGUACAGUGGGGUUCCUGCUCACACAGAAAGCUCCAACAACAACCACCGCUUUCCUGCCGAAAAUCUUACUGAUACAGGGCUUUACCCUCUAGAAGAUUGAGAAUUAAAGCAACAUUUACAUCCGAAACAUUUUUAUUUUGCUUCUCUGAUCCUUUCAGAAUCCAGCCUCCAGACAAUAGGGCUGCUGAACUUUUUCAUUAUGUAUCUUUUGUGAGUUUUCUAAAUUUAAAACGGAAUGUAUUUGGCUUGGCGAUGAAGCAAAUGUAGCAAGACAUUAGGCCGAACCCAGCUCACCAGAUGUCUGAGACUCCCCCGGACCCAAGCAAAUCCCAUGACAAAGAGGUGUGCCAUCAUGGUGAUUGUCAGGAAAUUAACAAUCAAUCUCCACUGAACCUCUGUGCAUCGUGUGACAGCAAACUCCACGACACAAUGCACUUUGAUCGGCAUAUCCGAUUUGACCUCCCACCUCAAGGGUCUGUUUUGGCCAGGAAUGUCUCAACACGGUCCUGCCCACCACGGACCAGAACUUCGUCUGACAAGGAGGAAGAUGACGAUAGCGGGAUGGAUGGAAAGAGUGAGAAGAGGAAUUCUGCGCUCAAGCUAAGCAAGAAGAAAGCUCGCCGACGGCACACAGAUGAUCCCAGUAAGGAAUGUUUCACUCUGAAGUUUGAUUUGAAUAUCAACAUUGAGACAGAAAUUGUCCCUGCAAUGAAGAAAAGGACUCUAGGGGAGACACUGGCUCCAGUAUUUGAGAGGAAGGGCAUUGAGUUGAACCAGGUGGAGAUUUUCUUGGACCAUUCUUAUACUCCCCUGCCCUUGUACUUUGAGGCAUAUCGUUUUGGGGGACACUACCUGAAAGUUAAAGCGAAAGCCGGAAAGGAGCUGAAGGUGGAACAGGCUGUUAAGGAAUUCAAAUCAUUGAGCUUACCCAUUAUACGGGCUUCGAUGGUCAACCCCCCAUUUAUCUGCACCCCUGUGAUGGACAGGAUGGAUCAGCCUCUGCAGGGACGGGAAAGCGUGGACAUGGGGGCAGUAGGCAGACGGAGGAAGAAUAUGAUGGAAUUCCUAGGAGACUCCUCCAUCCCAAGUUCAGAUUCCCUCGCCCCACUCAGCUCUUCGUUGCCCAGCAGUGGCACAGACAGCUGGAAGAACAGAGCUGCCAGUCGCUUCAGUGGGCUCUUCAGUUCUGGCGCCAACACAGGUUCCUUUGGUCGGGAAAUGGAUAAAAUGGAUCAAUUACAGAGUAAACUUCAUGCAUACAGUCUGUUUGGAUUGCCAAAGGUGCCAGCACAGCUACGGUUCGACCAAGACUCCUGGGAGGAGGAGGAGGACACCAGCCUUUACCUCGAGGGGUCAUGGCAGGAUAUCAUUGAGGCUCCUGAGAAGCUCACCCGGAAGCAGUGCCAUCAACAGGAGGCCCUCUGGGAGCUGCUGAAUACGGAAGCUGCCUAUAUUAGGAAGCUACGUGUCAUCACAGAUCUCUUCCUAUGCUGUCUGAUGAACCUGCAGGAAUCAGGCUUGUUGACUGAGGUGGACCCGAAGAAACUAUUCUGUAACGUGCAGGAGAUUAUCCAACUGCACCAGGUUCUGUGGCGAGAUGUAAUGGCUCCAGUGUUGCAAAAGGCCCGGGAGAACAAAACACUCCUCAAUCCCACACACUUCCACAAAGGAUUCAAGAAGUUUGGUGAGCGUUUUAAGCCAUAUAUUCAGUACUGCAUGGAGGAAGAGGGCUGCAUGGAGUACAUGAGAAACCAUCUCCGUGACAAUGAUCUCUUCAGGAUCUAUGUUACGUGGGCAGAGACUCACAAGCAGUGUAACCGCCUGAAGCUCAGUGACAUGUUGGUCAAACCGCAUCAGCGGCUCACCAAGUAUCCACUGCUCCUCAAAUCUAUCCUGAAGAAAACAGAUGAUGUCGAUGCCAGGGAAGCCAUUGUUAGCAUGAUUAGCUCUGUGGAGAGUUUUAUUGCAUACGUGAAUUCCCGAAUGCGCCAACGGCAGGAGCAGCAACGACUGGCAGAGAUUAUCAGCCGCAUCGAUUCCUACGAGGUGGUGGAUGGGAGCUCAGAUGAAGUGGAAAAGGUUCUGAAGGAGUUCUGCCGCUUGGAUUUAACAGCUCCGAUGCUUGGGACUUCGCCUGAUGAAACAAGGCAAUUGCUGCUCGAGGGAAGUUUGAGAAUGAGAGAAGGAAAGGACAGCAAGAUGGAUGUUUACUGUUUCCUGUUCACUGAUAUUUUCCUUAUCACCAAACCUGUGAAGAAGAUGGAGAAAACCAAAGUGAUUCGGCAGCCAUUGCUUGUGGACAAAAUUGUCUGCAGAGAGCUGAGAGACCCUGGCUCCUUCCUGCUGAUUUACCUGAAUGAGUUUCACAUUGCAGUUGGUGCCUUCACCUUCCAGGCCAGUGUGACUGGUCAGUCUAGAAUGUGGAUUGAGGCAGUGUUUAAUGCUCAGAACCUCCUGGAGAGACUACGCACCCAAGAGACAGCACUGAAACAGUGCACACUACCUGAUGAGGAGGAUGUAGAAAGUGGGACCUCCGAUACGCAGUCACCAUCCUUGUUACACGAGUACACUGACACACUUGAAUCACAGCACAGUCAGUCAGACAGUGUGUCAGAGACAGUUUCCAUUGCAAUCACUGAUGUGAAUGAAGAUCUCUUCUCAACAGACAACGAGGUGGCUAUCUUUGCUUCUCAAUCUGAUGAUGCCUCUCUCCAAAGUAUGUUGUCCUCCAACACCACAACUCAAGAACUGCUUAACCAUGGUGUGGCUUCAUCGGGCCUCCUGAUUCCAAAUGCCAAAGGCCUAGUCUUGGAAAGCAAUGGUUGCCACUCAGCCUCUGUUGACAGUGCGUAUGGCACCCUCUCCCCAUGCUCUGUUCAAGAGUUUGGAGUGCAACCACAGGAGUCAGCAAAUGAAUUUGGAGCAUCAACACCUUCCCUGAAGUUAAGCUCACCUCAGAUUCACCAGCAGCAUCCAGUACAGUCUUUGCGAUGCAAAUACAACAUCUACAAGUCAAAGUCAGAGGCCAGUCUUCCUCAGCUCAUUUCCUCGUCUUCAGAUUCCCACAGUACAAACUGGCCAUCACUGAGCAAGAGCCUGACUGAAAUCAGUGUGCCUUCUGGAGAUGUCCUAGAGUCAGCUUCUGACAAGAGAGCACCAAAUGCAUCCACACCACCCAGUCUACACUGUCCCACGAACACAAAGGUGAUGGACACCCUGAAGCGAGCGGAGGCUCAGCAGCUGAGAGCAACUACAUACCCCGACUCCUGGGCGAGGAGCAGGAAAGAUGUGGACACGGAAGGUGUGAGCUCCAGUGACAGCGAGCUCUCAGAGGUGGAGGAGCUGGACUUUGUGAUGCAGAGUGCCUAUCCUGCGGACAGAACAAGCUUUGAGCCUGAUUCACAGGCCUGCACCUUAUCACACUCCAAGAGUGAGACAGAACUGAGCUCUCAGUCUGUUGCAGUCGUGGUCACAGCCCCUAAUGAGCAAGGAGGGGAUGUUACAGAGCAACAAAGUCAGAUCAACACCUCGGAACAAACAAAACGGACGAUGUCAGACCCUCAGUCUGUGCAGCAUCGCAGACUCACCCUGGCACAGCUCUACAGGAUCCGAACCACCAUGCUGCUGAACUCUACUUUAACUGCAUCGGAAGUCUAGUCUUGCCUUUACCAGACAUGAGCAGCAGGACCUGGGAUUCCAUUGGGUCAACCAUUAUGGAACUAGAACACUGAUCUUCUGAGGCUCCCAUCAUUGCUUUCCACAGAGCAUCUCUUCAUGUGCUCCAAAGAGAACUGAGAACGAUGUUGAUAUUCAUGGACCCAUUACAGACUGAGUGAUCAGUGAGAAGGGGCAAUGAGUGAUCAGGAUGCCAGUAUUGUAGGAGUGAGAAAAAUGUUUGUCAGGCUGGUGACCUUACCCAAUAAUUCCUGAAAAUCAAAAAGUAUACCAUAUUAAUUGUAAAUGUAAAGUCACCCAGCCAUCAGCAGACCUGUCAACACUGCCAUGUGCCAAAGAAUAGGAUUUAAAUAUUAAAGUUUAGGUUCCUCCCCUGAUGUGCCCUCCCUUCCUCUUCUCCACAUUUUCCUUUCCUCCUCUCCUCUGUCCUCUCCUCUCACAUUUCCUUCCCUCCCCUGCUCACAUUUCCCUCCCUCCACUUCUGUUUGAACCACUUCCCUCCUGAUUUUGCAUCUCUUACCCUACCCUCUCUCCCCCACUCAUUUCUACUUCUCAUGAAGCUUCUCCCCUCUAAAUCCCCUUUCCUUCUGAUCUGAGCAGGUACUGGUAGUAAUGAACAAUGUGCCUGGGUGGUUGUAAACUUGUCUGUGCAAUGGUCAUGGUGACCUGGGGAAAUGUCACCACUCUGAACUUAAUUAGAGAAAAGGACUUUGCACCAAAGUGAGGCUUGGACAGAGUUGGGGGGUCACUGCCUCACUGUCUGAGGCACCAAGUCCAAAGCUCUGUGUGCAAGCACCUAAUCUCUGCUACACUGGGAGAAUGGCUUGCAAUCCCCAUAGGGAAGAAUAGCCCAGAGCUCCUGCCCAGUCCUACUAUCCAAUGACCUCUGUUGAAGUUUGCACUAUGUUUAACUAUUGUUCAGGCUCCUACAACAGAAUCUUCAUCACAGAUUUCAUAUUCUGAAUUGGCCCAAGAUAACCCAAUCCUCAGAGCUCCAUUUGAUUUGAGUUCCACCCAGAGUGAUAACCUCUUCAUCAAACCUGUUGACUCUUAAACAGUGACUGCAAGGGUUUUCCUGUGAUUUGGGAAUGCUGUGUUCUUCCUCUGCUUCCCU